CGCCGUCACUCGGAGUUGACCCGUCAUUCCCUCGGUCGCGUCGUCCUCCGGCUGCUCCGCGAAGGUGGGAAUUGCGUUGUAUUCCUCGCGUAUUCAUCCACCAGCGUGACUUUAAAAACACGGGAAUCCGCAGGAGCUGCUGCUCAAUGAUACUCCGGUGCUGAAGGGGUUAUUUUUAGUCCCAAGCCGCAGUGAUGAGUGGCCGAGAGCCGGCGGAGGGAGCGAGCGCUGCUGCGUGGUGAAGCCGGUGUUUACCAGCAUGAAGUCCCGGAGAGACAAGCUGAGGAUCCCCUCACUCACUUUAGAUUUAUCACCCACCUGCCAGAGCCCCACUGUCCUGAGUCCAUGCAGCCCCUGCAGUCCCUGUAGUCCCUUACAAACCCUUCACCCCUGGAGCUGCCGAAGCAGCAACAGGAAGAGUCUUGGUGUUGGGACGCCGUCACCCACACUGUCCCGGCCACUAUCCCCACUCUCUCUGCACACAGCAGCAAACAGCCCCCUUGACAGCCCCCGAAAUGUGUCUACUAGUGCCUGCCUCAACUUUCCAUUUGCCAGAAGUCACUUGGCUCGAGCUGACAGAGCCGACGGUCGAAGAUGGUCGCUGGCUUCUCUGCCCUCGUCCGGCUAUGGAACCAAUCCACCGAGUUCCACUGUCUCAUCUUCGUCGUCCUCCCAGGAGCGACUUCACCAGCUUCCAUACCAGCCAACACAGGACGAGUUGCACUUCCUCUUCAAACACUUCCGUAGCACCGACAGCAUCACAGAUGAGGAUGGCCGACCCUCGACGGUCAUACGUCCUCGGUCCAGGAGCCUCAGCCCCGGGCGCUCAAACGUCUCUUUCGACAAUGAGAUCGUCAUGAUGAACCACGUUUACAGGGAGCGAUUCCCAAAGGCCACGGCCCAGAUGGAGGAGCGCUUGUUAGAAAUCGUCACCCACUACUCUCCAGACAGCUCCCUCCCUCUGGCUGACGGCGUCCUGGGAUUCAUACAGCACCAGUUGGUGGAGCUGGUCAGAGAUUGUCUGGACAAGUCCCAUAAGGGACUGGUCACAUCCCGCUACUUUGCUGAGCUGCAAGAGAAGCUGGAGAAGCUGCUUCAUGAGGCUUAUGAACGCUCCGAAAGUCAGGAAGUGACUGUCAUCAUCCAGCUGGUCAGGAAGAUCCUCAUCAUCAUCUCUCGGCCGGCACGGCUGCUUGAGUGUCUGGAGUUUGAUCCAGAGGAGUUCUAUCACCUCCUUGAGGCGGCCGAAGGUCAUGCCAAAGUCGGUCAGGGAAUCAAGACUGACAUCCCCCGCUACAUCAUCAGCCAGCUGGGGCUGACGCGAGACCCGUUGGAAGACAUGGUGCAGCUUGAACAGUACGAGUGCUCGCCCUCAGUCACGGUGCAGACGGACUCCAGUGUGGAGAGUAAAGCUCCACAGACGCUGACUCCGACUCGAAGGAAGCCUCUGGAAAGUGAUUUUGAGACCAUCAAACUCAUCAGUAAUGGCGCUUAUGGUGCGGUCUAUCUAGUCCGCCACAAGGAGACCCGUCAGCGUUUCGCCAUGAAAAAAAUAAAUCGUCAAAACCUGGUCCUAAGGAACCAAAUCCAGCAGGCUUUCGUGGAGAGAGACAUCCUGACCUUCGCUGAGAACCCGUUUGUCGUCUCCAUGUUUUGCUCCUUCGAGACUCGCCGCCACCUCUGCAUGGUCAUGGAGUACGUGGAAGGCGGUGAUUGUGCGAACCUGCUGAAGAACAUGGGCCCCCUGCCCGUGGAGAUGACCAGGAUGUACUUUGCUGAAACCGUGUUGGCUCUGGAGUAUCUUCACAACUAUGGCAUCGUGCAUCGAGACCUGAAACCUGACAAUUUGUUGAUCACGUCCAUGGGCCACAUCAAGCUGACGGAUUUCGGAUUGUCUAAAAUCGGCCUGAUGAACAUGACCACCAACCUGUACGAGGGUCACAUGGAGAAAGACACAAGAGAGUUUGUCGACAAGCAGGUGUGUGGCACACCAGAGUACAUCGCCCCGGAGGUGAUUCUCCGGCAGGGCUAUGGGAAGCCUGUGGACUGGUGGGCCAUGGGGGUCAUUCUCUACGAGUUCCUGGUGGGGUGCGUUCCCUUCUUUGGGGACACGCCAGAGGAACUUUUUGGACAAGUUGUCAGUGAUGACAUUAUUUGGCCGGAUGGAGAUGAUGCGUUACCAAUGGAAGCUCAAGACCUAAUCACCCGCCUGCUGCGGCAAAGCCCACUGGAUCGACUGGGAACUGGUGGCGCCACAGAGGUCAAACAGCACUCUUUCUUUGACGGCUUAGACUGGAAUGGAUUGCUGCGACAGAAAGCCGAAUUCAUCCCACAGCUGGACGCAGAAGACGACACCAGCUACUUUGACACUCGAUCUGACCGCUAUCAUCAUUUGGCUUCCGAUGAAGAUGAGGAAACCAAUGACGAAGAGUCUUCCUUGGAGAUCCGUCAGUUUUCUUCCUGGUCUCAUCGUUUCAGCAAGGUGUACAGCAGCACGGAACAUCUGGCGACGCCCUCCAACCUGAGCUUCUCGUCUGACCGCAGCCACAGUGAGGACAAGGAGGACCGUCUUGACGCUGGAGGUCUGAGUCCGUCUUCAGGCCCGAUGGAAGGCGUCUUGGAUCAGAGACACCCGGGACGCAUGGCCAGCCUUCGCCCUCGAGCCUCGUCCAGCUCCUCCCAGUCUGAGCGCAGCACCAGCCCGCUGGUGAUGAGCAGCACCCACAGUCUGGAGACCAUGCCCCGCUUUGCUCUGUCCACCGACGACGAAGCUGAGGUCGUGGUUUCUAACCUACGAAGGAUUCGCAUACGCAGCAACAGCACUGGAGCCAAACACUCUUCCCCAAAAGACCCAACCACAACCCGACGCUUCGGCAACCAGCUGGAGACGCCAGACAAGCAGCGGCUUCCCAGCGGAGGCAAAGUUCCCAAAUCUGCUUCUGUGUCUGCUCUGUCUCUCAUCAUCACCACUGAUGACCCCACUGGAGGCCUUCAGCCCAGUCCCAUCUCCCCCCGGUCCCUUUCCUCCAACCCUUCCUCCCGUGACUCCUCCCCUAACAGGGAUCUGUCGCUCAGCCCUGCGAGCCUGAGACCCCCGAUCGUCAUCCACACUUCAGGGAAAAAGUACGGCUUCACUCUGCAGGCCAUCCGCGUCUACAUGGGCGACAGCGACGUCUACACCGUGCAUCACAUGGUGUCGAGCGUGGUGGAGGACAGCCCCGCCCACCAGGCUGGUCUUCGCACCGGUGACCUCAUCACGCACGUCAAUGGAGAGUCUGUCCAGGGUCUGGUUCACACUGAGAUGAUCGAGCUGCUGCUGAAGAGCGGCAACAAGGUGAUGCUGCAGACCAUUGCGCUGGAGAACACCUCCAUCAAAGUGGGUCCUGCGAGGAAGACCAAACACAAAGGCAAGAUGGCUCGCCGCAGCAAGAAGAGCCGACGGAGAGACAACUACGACAGACGGCGCAGCGUGUUGAAGAAGUUGUCCAAGCAGAGCACGGUGAUGCACAGCAGCCGCAGCUUCUCCUCCGGUCUGCACCACUCGGUGUCCUCCAGCGAGAGUCUUCCUGGCUCCCCCACCCACAGUCUGUCUCCAGGACCCUCCACGCCGUGCCGCAGUCCCGCCCCGGACCACCAGGCCAUCAGCGAACACAGCAGCAACUCUCCGCAGAGCACGUCGCCUUGCUCCAGUUCUCCCAGUUCUCCAGCGGCACACAUCCGGCCCAGCUCCCUGCACGGCCUCGGGUCCAAGCUCAGCACUCAGCGCUACACCAAAGUGGGCCGUCGGAAAUCCACCAGCAACAUCCCGCCGUCGCCGCUGGCGUGCAGCUCUUCCAAUCAGCCCAUUUCGCCUCAGCGCUCUCCGUCUCCGCUGCCCAGUUUUGCCAAAACCCUUCACGCCUACCACGGCAAAACUCUUUCGCCUCCCACCAUCGUCAGACAUAUAGUGCGGCCGCGCAGCGCUGAGCCCCCACGGUCCCCCCUCCUGAAGAGGGUCCAGUCUGCUGAGAAGCUGUCAGGUGUGUAUCACGCUGACAAGAAGUUGUACACGCCGCGCAGGCACACGCUGGAAGUGCCGUUCUAUGGUGAGGCGGAGCUGCUGGCAGACUCUGAAGUCGACGGAGCCUGCGGAGGUUCUCACGACCGACGAAACCAGAGGAUUUGGGAUUCAGGGCUGGAGCGGUCCGAGCAGCUGGUGGUGAUGAGGAAGCUCAACCUGUCGGAACGUAGGGACUCUUUCAAGAAGCAGGAGGCGGUGCAGGAGGUGAGCUUCGACGAGCCGGAGGAGAAAACCAGCACUCCGUCGACCAGCACUUCCACAGUCACCCUCGCUCCGUCCCAGCAGCAGCAGCAGCAGAGGACCUCCUGGAUCCUCACCCGACCUCAGAGCAGCGAGGAGCUGGAGCUGCAGGUGCCGGUGGUGAGGAGGCUCACUCUGGUGCCCCAGAUUGCCGUGCAGGGCUCCACAGAGAGCGAAGAGCAGGACGAGUGGGAGCCCUGUUCAGACGGGGAUGACACGGACGAGAAGACUGAAGUGGCGGCAACGCAGCUCGAGGAAAGCCCUGGCGAAAACAGCGACGGUGAACAAACAGUAACCACUUCCACCAAACCUGCCGUCCAACCUGAGAAAGAGCUGGGACAGGAAACGCACAAAGCCCCGCAGAGGACGCCACACUAGGCUGCACUCUGUUGUGGAUGGUGUUCUGACUGCAGGGAGAUGUCACUUGAAUUUUUUUAAAUAGUUGUAAAUAUUUGCUCUCAAGCGUUGUGACGCUCGGCUGUUAUUUAUUACCUUUGUAAUCUAGGACGAGGUCAGAGAGGAAAGGCUUUCCUAUGAAGCCCAUGAAAAGUGGCUGCGUGUCAAUCAGCUGGAUUUUUUUUAAAGAUAAGUAUUUUUUUAAACAAACAGUUUAGGUAGAGAAAAGCUGGUAAUGAUCGACGGACCAAAAGAUCUAGAUCUUAUCCAACAUUUGGUGUUUUUGAUGUCCACCUGCGUCAGUAGGCGACGGACACUUCAGCACGGUCAGGUGGUUCCAUCUCCCAUUGUUUUCAAUCGUUUAAAACUCUGAAGUUAUGGUGUAAUUUCAUUUACACUUCCUCCAAUUCUCAUCUCAUUGUGACUUUUAUCCCAUAAUGUUCUUGACCAAUGGCUUUUAUAUUAACAUAAAAUACUAGAAUUUUACACCCAUGAGUUAUAGUAGCUUUAUUGGCAAAUCAAAAAGUGAGACUUCAUUCAGAUCAUAUCUGGAAACACGUAGAGUAAGACGUGAUGCAACUCUAGAGAGAAAAAAUAAAUAAAUAAUCGAGGCGUAGAAAUAAUCCUAACACAACCACAAGAAGUUAGUUAAUAUCUUCCGUCAAAUGAUCAAUAAAUAUUUUGCUGCGUUUCUGUCUGAGCAGUGUUUAUUCGACUGAUUUAGUCUGUUUGCAUCAGGGAAGGAAAAGUCACAAUUGUGUGGUUUAAGUCAAAACAUGUUGAGAAUUAAUGAGAAAUGAAUACAAUUUCUGAUGAAUCGUUCAUGGAGCGGACUGUUUUUGUCCCAGCUUCUGUAGCGUCGAGCGGUUUCUCCGCCACUCGAACUACAGCGAUCCGAGGUCAGCUUACAUGUCGGGUUUAUUUCUGUGGUGGUUGAAAACGGACAGCAAACUGUUGUGUUUGAAUAAUGACCUGUUGUUUACAUUGCUGUGGCGACAACGCUGUUUCUGUCUAGUUCCACGUGUAUUACCUUGUUGAACUUUGUAGCACAACUCAUUGUUGAAAAGAUGCAACUCUGGUCCAGAGAAUAUUCUAAACAAUCAACGGAAGGUUGGGUGAAAUAGUCACGGUCUAAUCUUUCCUCCUUGUUGGAGUCAAAGCCAAGAAUAUCAAGAGGAUUUCAUUGAAAAUAUCAAAAUUAAAAUGCCAAAAGUAGCUAGUUUUCUAAUCACAAGGUCUUCGUAUGCAGAUGUUAUUCUUCCACAAACUUUGUUCAGGUGGUUUUCCAAAUGUUUUGAUCGACAUUUUGAAGGUUGAGAAUGCGGCUGCUGCAUCAGGAGUGCUGCACGAUUCCCUGCUUCCUGCUCCGCUGUGUUGAUUCAGGUUUGAAAAUGUCCUGUAUUUUCCUGGAACUGUAGCUUUUGUAUCCGUUGAGUCGCACAAGCACGUGAGCCGUUCCUACUUAAUCAAUUGUGUAGUGAUGUUUACAUCUGGGAGAAAAGUGCACUACUGUUUUGUUUUGUUUUUUGGGGGGUUUUUUUUGUAUCCGAAUGCUGCAGAGAGACUCACUUAAAAACCCAGGGCUCAUUUGAACAAGUGUUUGUUUUUUUUUUUUAAAUGAGGGAUGUUUCCUGUAUGUAUUGAAGGACGGCGCAUAUGCAUCGAGCUGCUGAAGUUGGAAGCUCGUACGAUGGCUUGGUGAAUGUUUGUGCUGCACAUGCGGCAUGUGGUUUUGUUGAAACCAAAAUGUUUCUGGCUGGACUGUGUUUGACGUACUGUCUUUUUUUUUUUCUUUUACAUUUUGGUCUGCAUCACACAUGAGGAAGUGACCACACGAACAACCUUUUCGCAGCUUCCUGUGUAAGAUCGACGUCUUCAGGAGAACAAUCGCUGGCCAUUUCUACCUGACAGUUGUUUACAGAGGUUGCCAUGUACUGUACAAACAUUUAUAUUCUCUGGCUGUUUUUUUAUAAGCUGGUAAUUGAAGUCGCAUAUCAAAUAUCGUUUGGUACUUUUCACUGGUAUUAUAAUGGUAAAUUAGCACCAUGCUGAUGAGGUUACUGUUGAAGCGAAAUAAAUUGCAACCUGGUGCUGAGUACUUGUGUGCAAUUCUACAUCAGCAUUCUGAGUUUCGUCACUGAAAUUCCACUCUUGUUUCUUUACAAACACCUCCUGAUAUUGUUGGAUGAUGACUGUUCACUGCUAGAUUUAUCCGUAAAGCUCCUCAGCUGGUGCUAAAUUACGCGGAAACCAUGUUGUCAAUGUGCAGUGAUCUCUCCUGUGGACUCUUCAGUGCAUGCUGCAUGAGACAAACUCACAUCUGUAAUACUUGAUGCUGCAUGGUAGACUGGCGUCGCCCGAUACUGUGUCCUCUUGUGGAUCAAAUAAAGUUUGUA